AUGGCAAGCUUAGUUAUUGCAACUGUUCCCAACCUUACCAUCGAUCAAUCUGCUCUUCUUGCCUUAAAAGCUCAAAUUUCUUAUGACCCUUACAAUGUUUUGACAAACAACUGGUCCACCAACUUCUCUAUUUGCAACUGGGUCGGUAUCACUUGUGGUUCCAACCAUCAUCGAGUCAUCGCAUUAAACCUUUCUUACAUGGAUCUUGUAGGCACCAUUCCUCCACAUUUGGGAAACCUUUCAUUUCUUUCUAGUCUAAACAUUGAAAACAACAGUUUUCAUGGCUCUAUUCCAAACGAGUUGUCUCAUCUCUACCGGUUGAAAAUAAUUGAUCUUAGUCAUAACCAACUUUCGGGCUCCAUUCCAUCCUCAAUCUUCAACAUAUACAGCUUGAAACAUAUUUAUCUCUAUGACAACAUGCUUUCUGGUCUGAUUCCGUCCAUUAUUUCCAACAUUUCAUCAUUGCAAGUCAUUCACCUAGAAGCUAAUAAGCUUUAUGGUACUAUUCCACACACUUUGUUCAAGUGCAAACAACUGCAAUAUUUAUCAUUAGCGAAUAAUAAUUUAAGUGGAAGUGUACCUUUGGAAAUUGGGGACUUAACCAUGCUCAGAGAUUUAUACCUUUACAACAACGUCUUUGGAGGUACUAUUCCACCCACUUUGUUCAAGUGCAAACAACUGCAAAUUUUAUCUUUGUGGAAUAAUAAAUUUACGGAAAGAGUACCUCAAGGAAUUAAAAACUUAACCAUGCUCAUAGCGUUAGGCCUUUCUCACAACAACUUUGGAGGUGCAAUACCAAGUGAAAUUGGAAAUCUUCAAAGCAUUAAGCUCUUUGAUGUCAGUUUCAACAACUUUAUUGGUCCAAUUCCAUUUGAGAUAUUUAACAUCUCAACAGUACAAGUAAUUUCAGUGGUUUGCAAUAACUUCUCAGGCCAUCUUCCAUCAAAUGUAGGCCUCUUCCUUCCAAAUCUCCAGCAACUUAUUCUUUGGGAAAAUCAACUAAGUGGAGCAAUUCCUAGCUCUAUCUCUAAUGCUUCACAACUCACUCUGUUAGAUUUGAGUGACAACUCAUUUUCAGGCUUAAUUCCUAAAGCACUUGGUAAUUUAAGGUUCCUUACAGGGCUUGGCGUAGCAAACAAUAAUUUGACCAUUGAAUCUUCUACUCCAGAGUUCAACUUUUUCUCUUCUUUGUCAAAUUUGACAUAUCUAAAACAGUUACAGUUGUCAGAACUUUACAUAGAUCAUUGCAAUAUUAAGGGCAACAUUCCAAGAGAUAUAGGCAAUUUAAGCAACUUGAUGACUUUGUCUCUACAGUUUAAUGAAUUGACUGGACCUAUUCCAACUACUGUGGGAAAAUUGCACAAGCUUCAAGGAUUGAGAGUUGAUAAUAAUAGACUAGAAGGUCUCAUCCCAUUUGAUCUUUGUCAUUUAGAGAGCUUGUUUGAGUUGAAUUUAGGUCAUAAUGAGCUUUCUGGACCUAUUCCUACAUGUGUAAAUAAUCUAACUUUUCUAAGAUAUCUUUAUUUACACUUCAACGAAUUAACAUCUGAGAUUCCCUUGAGUUUGUGGAGCCUCUCUUAUAUCUUAAAGGUCGACUUGUCAUCAAAUUCUCUAAAUGGCUCUCUCUCAUUAGAGAUUAGAAAUUUGAAGGUGUUGAUGGAAUUGGAGUUAUCAAGAAAUCAACUAUCUGGUGAUAUCCCAACAACAAUUGGUGACCUCAACGAUUUAGUUAAUCUUUCAUUGGCGGACAAUAGAUUAGAAGGCUCAAUUCCUGAAUCUUUUAGUAAAUUGAUAAGUUUGGAAUUCUUGGAUCUUUCCAUUAACAAUUUAUCUGGAGAGAUUCCUAAGUCCUUAGAAGGACUUUCACAACUCAAGUAUCUAAAUGUCUCUUCAAAUAGACUGGAAGGAAAAAUUCCUGUAGGAGGACCAUUUGUAUACUUCUUUGCUGCAUCAUUUAUGUCAAAUGAUGGACUUUGUGGUGCUCCUCGAUUGCAAGUUCCCCCAUGUAAAGAAGGUGCUUCUCGACCCAAAAAUACCGCAGUAGCAUCUAUACUAAAGUAUGUAUUACCAACAAUUGGGUUAACAAUGCUUGUAGUUGCUUUUGUAUUAGAAUGGACAAGACGCCAAAAAAGGAAUGCAAAACUUCUGGUGGAGACAAACUCACCACAACUAGCGACAUGGAAAAUAAUUUCCCAACAAGAACUUUUUCAAGCAACAAAAGGGUUCAAUGCAAGCAACUUACUUGGUAAAGGGAGCUUUGGAUUAGUAUACCAAGGGACCCUUUCAGAUGGUAUGAUUGUUGCAAUAAAAGUUUUCAACUUGGUAGUAGAAGGGGCAUUCAAAAGUUUUGAAACUGAGUGUGGGGUACUACGCAACAUUCGUCAUCGGAAUCUUAUUAAAAUCAUCAGCACGUGUAGUAACAAUGACUUCAAAGCUUUUGUAUUGGAAUACAUGCCUAAUGGGAGCCUACAAAAGUGGUUGUAUUCUCAAGACUGUUGUUUGAGUAUCUUACAAAGACUAAAUAUAAUGAUUGAUGUCGCAUCAGCACUAGAAUACCUUCAUUAUGGUUAUUCAACACCUAUUGUUCAUUGUGAUCUGAAGCCUAGCAAUAUCUUAUUAGAUGAAGAUAUGGUCUCACAUGUUGCUGAUUUUGGAAUUGUCAAACUGUUAGGUGACAAAGAUUCUAUGAUGCAAACCAUGACUCUUGCUACUAUUGGGUAUAUGGCACCAGAGUAUGGAUUGGAAGGAAUUGUUUCAACAAGUGGCGAUGUGUAUAGUUAUGGUGCAAUACCAAGUGAAAUUGGAAAUCUACAAAGCAUUGAGAUCUUUAAUAUCGUUUUCAACAACUUUAUUGGUCCAAUUCCAUUUGAGAUAUUUAACAUCUCAACAGUACAAGUAAUUUCAAUGGUUUGCAAUAACUUCUCAGGCCAUCUUCCAUCAAAUGUAGGCUUCUUCCUUCCAAAUCUUCAGCAACUUUUUCUUUGGGAAAAUCAACUAAGUGGAACAAUUCCCAACUCUAUCUCUAAUGCUUUACAACUCACUCUCUUAAACUUGAGCAACAACUCAUUCUCAGGCUUAAUUCCUAAAGCACUUGAGUUCAACUUUUUCUCUUCUCUGUCAAAUUUGACAUAUCUAAAACAGUUAGAUUUGUCAAGUAAUUUACUGAAUAACAUCCUUUUUGAUUCCAUUGGAAAUCUCCCAACUUCUCUUGAAGAACUUUACAUAGAUCAUUGCAAUAUUAAGGGCAGCAUUCCUAGAGAUAUAGGCAAUUUAAGCAACUUGAUGACUUUGUCUCUACGGUUCAAUGAAUUGUUUGGACCUAUUCCAACUACUGUGGGAAGAUUGCACAAGCUUCAAGCAUUGAGAGUUGAUAAUAAUAAACUAGAAGGUCUCAUACCAUUUGAUCUUUGUCAUUUAGAGAGCUUGGUUGAGUUGUAUUUAGGUUAUAAUGAGCUUUUUGGACCUAUUUCUGCAUGUGUAAAUAAUCUGAUUUCUCUAAGAUAUCUUUACUUACACUUCAACAAAUUAACUUCUACUAUUCCCUUGAGUUUGUGGAGAUCUUAA